UAUCCGGCGCAGGAUAAGUGAACCGGUACGCAGUGAUACUAUUGUGCGCAGUUCCGAAUCUCCCUAGAUAACCUAAUUCUUCGGAUUUCUGCAAUUUCGGUUUGACUCCUCUCUGUCUCUCUGCGCCCGUGUCUCCGGUGCCGUUUAAGGCCCAAUCCUCCAUUGAAGCUACAGGUUCUACUGUUAAAGUGUUGUUUAAAUUCAAUUGAAUUGUUUUCGCUUUUGUGGGAAGAGGGACCUUAAUGCGGCGCUUUGUUUCCUGAAUCCUGAAUCUAGGUUUUAGCAUCAUGCUUAGUGUGUUGUGAUUGGAGUAUACCUGUUUGAUUACUCGAGUUUUUUAGCUGCGUUGAGUUGUUUGGUUAUGGUUCUGUAUCCUGGUUGGUGAUGAAGAAUGUGGAAAUGGCCCAAUGGCUCAAAGGGCUGCCACUGGCGCCCGAAUUUCGCCCAACAGAUACAGAAUUCUCUGACCCGAUUGCUUACAUUUCUAAAAUCGAGAGAGAAGCUAGUGCUUUUGGUAUAUGUAAAGUGAUUCCACCGUUUCCUAAGCCUUCAAAGAAAUAUGUGCUCCAUAACUUGAAUAAAUCGCUCUCAAAGAGUCCGGAGUUGGGUUCUGAUGUAAAGGUUAGCACUUCGGCGAAAAUGAGUGAUGGGGAUAAGGGGAAUGGUGAUCGCGGGGAGGUUAGGGCCUUCUUUACUACUAGGCGCCAGGAAUUGGGCCGGAGCGAGAAGAAGAAGAUGAAAGGGAUGGCUGGGAGCCAACCAUUUGGAGCUCAGAAACAGGUGUGGCAGAGUGGAGAAGUCUAUACAUUGGAUCAGUUUGAAGCAAAGUCAAAGGCUUUUGCUAGGAAUCAAUUAGGCACGGCUAAGGAUGUUUCACCAUUGGCUGUUGAGGCAAUGUUUUGGAAGGCAGUUUCUCAAGAGCCUGUUUGUGUAGAGUAUGCUAAUGAUGUGCCUGGUUCAGGUUUUGGAGAACCCCAAGGUGUUUCUAAUAUUUAUAGAAAAAAGAGGAGGAGGAGGAAGAGGGCAGUGUUUGAUAGAAACAAUACAAGAACUUGUGAUAGCAAGAAUGAAGUAGAUAUUCUUGAUAGUGAUAAUAUAGAUAAAGAUUCAUGUUGUGCUAGUCCUAAUUUAUGUACAGAGUCACCAUCUGCUUGUUCAACAUCCUCUCAACAAAGUCAAAUUUCAUCAGUACCUGGGCCAAAGGGUUUAAGUGACAGUAAUGACGUUGAAGGUACUGCUGGUUGGAAGCUAGCAAACAGUGCCUGGAAUUUACAAGUAAUAGCAAGGUCACCUGGAUCAAUUACCCGUUAUAUGCCAGAUGAUAUUCCUGGGGUUACUUCUCCUAUGGUCUAUGUUGGUAUGCUAUUCAGUUGGUUUGCUUGGCAUGUUGAAGACCAUGAGCUUCACAGCUUGAAUUUCCUUCACAUGGGAUCCCCAAAGACUUGGUAUGCAGUGCCGGGUGACUAUGCAUUUAAAUUCGAAGAAGUCAUCCGAGUCCAUGCUUAUGGAGACAGUACUGACCGGUUAGCUGCUCUCACUCUAUUGGGUGAGAAAACUACUCUUCUAUCACCUGAAGUAAUUGUUUCAUCAGGCAUCCCCUGUUGCAGGUUAGUACAGUACCCUGGAGAAUUUGUGGUUACUUUUCCAAGGGCGUACCACAUAGGAUUCAGUCAUGGUUUCAAUUGUGGAGAGGCUGCUAACUUUGGAACUCCAGAGUGGCUUACAGUAGCUAAAGAUGCUGCAGUUCGUCGAGCAGCCAUGAAUUACCUUCCCAUGCUUUCUCAUCAGCAGUUGCUAUACCUAUUGACCAUGUCUUUUGUUUCAAGAGUGCCAAAGUCAUUGCUACCAGGGGUGCGUAGCUCUCGCUUGAGAGAUCGUCAGAAGGAAGAAAGAGAGACUUUGGUGAAGAAAGCAUUUGUGCAAGAUGUUAUAAAGGAGAAUGAGCUAGUAACCAUUUUACUACAGAAAAAUUCCUCUUACCAAGCAGUUCUUUGGGAUGUCAAUAUGUUGCCAUCUUCUACUAAAGAAUUUGAAUUACAAAAGCGUGUUGGUGUUGAUGUAAAAACAACAAAAGGGAGUGAACAAACUGAGAACUACGACAGUCAGGAUCUUUUAAGCCAGAUGAACUCAUAUAUGGAAAGUUUAAGUGAUUUUUGUGUGGAUGAUGAUGAUUUGUCAAAUGACUUCCAUAUCGAUUCUGGUGCAUUACCUUGUAUAGCUUGUGGAAUACUGGGUUUUCCAUUUAUGGCUGUUGUAGAACCAUCAGAGAAAGCAGCAAAGAACUUUUUCUUGGAGGAUUGUCAUACAAUGCAAAACAUAGGAGACCUAAAAGACGUGGAGUCACAUUCCCAUUCACUACAGGAUGACAUAGUAGAGGGCAAUGGUGCAGUAGACAGGUCAAUGCCACACAAGAGGUUUGCCCUUCAUUCUCAGGAAAUGUGUUCUCGUGCUGACUCAAGACCGUCUUCUGUAUCUCAUAUGGAGGAUCAACCUCCAUUAGAUGACCAUUCUAUAUCUCCAAGGAAUGUUGCUGUCAAUCUUGAAGGGAAACAGGAUGUCUAUAAUAAAUUUCUAAGGCCACACGUAUUUUGCCUUGAGCAUGCAAUUCAAACAGAAGAGUUGCUGCGUUCAAGAGGCGGAGCAAAAGUUCUUAUUAUCUGCCAUUCAGACUUCCAGAAAAUAAGAGCUUAUGCAGCAUGUAUUGCGGAGGAAAUGGACGCUGCAUCUGUCUAUAAUGAGAUUCCUUUAGAUAAUGCAUCUGAUGAACAUCUUCGCUUUAUUGAUCUUGCAAUUGAAGAUGGAAACAGCGAAUGUGUUGAAGACUGGACGUCAAAACUAUGUAUCAAUUUGCUGCAUUCUGUGAAGCUGUGUAGAAAUUAUCCAGCCAAGAAACUACAGUAUGCACUGAUUCUGAGCAGAUUGUUCCCUGAAACAACCCUCAGUACAAAGUGUUUGAGUUUCAAAUGGGAAUCCAGAAAAGUACGCUCAAAAAGGAAGUUAAAUUGUCAAGCAGAAAGCAAACCAUCUCUGUCUUUGAAAAUUGAAGAGGAGAAGGGUUUAGGAGCAAAGAUAGACGUUCAAACAGUGAGAGAAAGAAAUAUAAUCAUUCAGUAUACAAGAAAACGAUACAAGUUGAAGCCUUGUGCUUCUACUGAUGUCAGUAAGGCCUUUGUAGAAAGUAAUACUCUCAUUCCUCAUGAAAUCUCCAAUGCUGAUGAAAAAGCAAGAUGUGAAUCAGAAAGUACUCCAAUCAGAAAUGGAUGCACAGGAGCUGGUUCUUUAGAUACGAGAGUCUGCACCAUAGCUUCUAAAGAGAUGCCAGAAUUGCAGCUUGAGUGUCAGACACUGACUAUGGAGGAUCAAAAUGAAACUUCACAUUCAAAACAUUCUCCCGUUGUCACCACUGUAGUGGUUGAAAACCCUUUGGCCCACCCUAAAGACUCCAAGUCAGAGAAACCUGACAUGGAUCUUCCAGAUCCUUUAAUAGAAUCAAAUAAAUUGCCCUUGCUACAUGAAGUGAAUGAUGUUGAGAGCAGUGUACAUAUUGAGAGAGUUAAUUUUGAAGCUUCGGCUUGUUCAGUUGUAACUGCUGUUUGUAGUGCUGAAGUUUCUGAAAGUUUGAAGCAGCCUGAUUGUACAGAGAUCAGCAUCACAGAGAAGGCUAUUGAUCUCCCUAGAAUGCAUGGUUCUGAGAAAGGGAGAGAUUGUAACAUUCUGACUGAUGGUUUUGUGACAGGAGUGUAUGCUCCCACCAACUCCUCGGGAUCUUGCAGUGAUUGCCCUUCUGAACAAAGAUCAGAUGAACUAGCAGAGCAAAUAGCUGAAGGUCAAGUUGGCAGUGGCGUUGAGGCAUCUGAUUUUACAAAAUUUCAUAAAAAAAUUGGGCAUGAAAUUCAGAGUGUGCAAGACUUGGAUGAUGCCAAUCACCUUGUGGUGAGGCCCUCAUCUACUGCAAAUGGAGGCAAAAGAAGAAGAGAGCUGGACAUGCUUAUAGGGAACAGGGGACGUAAUGCUGGUGUCUUUGUCAAAAGUCCCUGUGAAGGCCUAAGGCCAAGGGCCAAGAAAGAUGAUACAUCUGGAUGUACAGGUGAUAGUAAGAUAAUUGUUGACGAAAAACCAUCAGCCAGGAAACUGAGGAACUGUUCAGAGAAAUCUUCAACUUGCAAGGAUAAGAAAGAGCAAACGAAAGGAUCACACAGGUGUGACUUUGAAGGGUGCAGAAUGAGUUUCCAAACAAAGACAGAGCUAUCCCUGCACAAACGUAAUCGCUGUCCCGUCGAUGGUUGUGGGAAGAAAUUUAACUCCCAUAAAUAUGCUCUACUUCAUCAACGCGUCCAUGAAGACGAUAGACCCCUUAAAUGUCCGUGGAAGGGUUGCACCAUGUCGUUCAAGUGGGCUUGGGCUAGAACUGAACAUUUACGUGUCCACACCGGGGAGCGGCCAUACAAGUGCAAGGUUGAAGGAUGCGGCCUCACCUUCAGGUUUGUGUCAGAUUUUAGUCGACAUAGACGUAAAACUGGGCAUCACAGCAGGUGAUCCAAGUCCAAAUCUGGUUUUGUCUCAUCAGGCAGGUUGGUUCUGUAAUUUAGCUACUCUUUGAUGGAAAAAAUCACUUAAAACUAAUUUGAUCAGGUCAUUUAGCUUUUGUUAAUCUCAAAGAACCUAAGCAUAGGGUAGGUGUAGCCUGAUACUUCUGUAGCUCCUACUAUGUAUGGGACUGGUUGCAUCUUGCAAUUAAACCCAACCACCCCAUUAAGAUUUGUUAUUCUUUAGGGAACUUCAUAUUUGUAAGAUGCAUCCUUGAUGCUUGUCUGGAUCAUCAGAUCCUAUGUUGUCAUUUUGUCCUGAAACAUGGCUCAAGGAACUAGAUUCUAUCAUGUUGGCAGGUUGGGUUUUCUUCCCACCAUUUGGAAUUCUAUGUUAAUGAUCCAUAUAUACUUGGAUUAGUUUCA